AUGGACCGCGAAGACCUUUCAAGUGAAGCUAAUAAUGAUGUGCUUCUUGCAAGAGGUCGUUCAACAGACAAGAGAAAGAAGACUGAUGGUUAUGGUAAAGGUAGAGGGCGUUUUAAGAGUAGAACACGUCUGCGUAAAGAUGAGUGUGAUUGGUGCCAUGAUUUAGGUCAUUGGGUUAAGGAUUGUAAUGAAGAAUCAGAUGAUGCUUCUGAUUUCUCGCUCACUGUGACACCAUCAACUUGUACUAUUGCAGAUAGUACAUGGGUAUUAGAUACUGGAGCAACGGUCAUUGUAAUUUGUAGUAUUCAUAUCAAGAUGCAUGAUGGUAUGGUUAGAGAGCUGAAGGAGGUAAUAUUUGUACCUGCCAUAAAGAAGAAUCUGAUUUCACUCGGAACUUUAGAAGCUAAGGGCUAUAAGAUAGUCGUUGAAAAUGGUGGUAAUCUCUGGAUCGUUGCUACCGAGAAGACGAAGCUAUGGCACAUGAGACUUGCACAUCCAGGUGAUAAUUCGUUGCAUAGGUUGGUUCAACAAGACUUAUUGAAAGGUGUUAUUGCCUGCAAGCGCGUAUGGGUGUACACCAUGAGGCAUAAGGAUGAAAUCAUAGAAAUCUUUGUGAGGUGGAAAAAGGCAACUCAGACUCAAACUGGCAAAAAGAUCAGAGUACUACGUUCGGACAAUGGUGGAGAGUACAAGAGUGAUCCAUUCUUGCAAGUCUGUCACGAUGGGGGGAUAAAGAGGCACUUCACAGUUAAUAAGACACCGCAACAGAAUGGGGUAGCUGAACGCAUGAAUCGUACUUUGCUGGAGAAGGUGGAGAACAAAAGAACCAGUACUAAUGAGCCUUUGCAGCAGGUGGAUAUUGAUGCAACUCCACCAAUUCCAGUUAAGUCUGUAUCUGUUUAG